GCAUUGGGUGGCCCAAUAUCCAAGCAAGCGGAGAAGAGAACUCGAAGAAAUGUAUUUCAUAUUCGGCGAAAAACUCGGUCACUGGGCAACUCGGUGUCCCCAGAAGCAACCGGUAUGGCGACCUAUAUUGAACCAAGUACGCCAGGCCGCCUACAAGCUGAAGUCCUCUUGGUGGAAAUGAAUACU